AUGGAGUCCAACCAGGAAUCCUCACUCUUCCUGGUGAAGAUCUUGGAGGAGUUGGACACGAAGCAGAAUACUGUUUCUUACCAGGACCUCUGCAAGUCCCUGUGUGCAAGGUUUGAUUUAUCCCAGUUGGCCAAGCUCAGAAGCGUGCUCUUUUACACCGCUUGCCUGGAUCCUAAUUUCCCAGCGACUUUGUUCAAAGACAAAAUGAGAUGCACUGUAAACAAUCAGCAAUCAAAGAAAAUCAUGGUUGCAGCAGAUAUAGUAACAAUAUUCAACCUCAUCCAGAUGAAUGGGGGAGUGGCCAAGGAGAAGCUUCCAGUUGCAAGGCAGAAAGUGAAGAAGAAAGAAUCCUUCGAGUCCUGUAGGUCCGACACAGAAAUCUGCAACGUGGCAGACUGCGUGCCCAACUGCGAGCUGAAUGAGCAGGACUUCAGCAGGGGCUUUCCAGUCAGGAGGGCUUCAAAAUGCAGAAAGAUGGACUGCAAAGACUGCCAACAGUUUGUCCCCUCCUCAGAACCCAACUUUUUGCUGGGUGUGAAUAAGGAGAUGAAGGGCAGGGCUGCCUCUCUGGACAGGCUGCAGGCGCUGGCGUCCUACUCCAUCGCCACGUCUCCGCCGUGCGAGAUGCAGAGCACCUACUUCCCCAUGAACAUUGAAAAUGAAUCCAUUUCAGACCAGGACUCCUUGCCUAUAAGUGCAGGCAUAAAAGAAACUUUCAUUGCAAAUGACGAACCCUUUGUGAUGCAGUCAUGUGUCCAGAAAAGGAAUAUAUUCAAAGAAGAUUUUCAUAAUCUGAUUACAAUAUCUCCCCACUUAAUACCCUCCAACAAAAAGCCAGAAGAUGGACACAGGGAGCCUCAGAACAGGAAAGAAAGCUCUAAGCAGGCUUUCUUCAACCACAGCUUUGAAAUGCCAUACAGCAGUCAGUACUUGAAUCCAGUUUAUUCUCCUAUACCAGACAAAAGACGAGUGAAGCAUGAAAGUUUAGAUGAUCUUCAAGCUUCCACGUAUUUCGGCCCAACUACUAUUCUUGGGCCUCAGGACACCAAAAAGUGGAGUGGGAAGCCCACCAAGCAGACUGCCUGGCCAGCUAAGAGCUGGAGCUUAAACACAGAAGAGGUACCUGACUUUGAACGGUCGUUUUUCAACAGGAAGCAGUCUGAAGAGAAGCCGCGGUACCAGCCUUCCAACAGCCCUUCUCCGAACUUCCCUUCGGCUGACCGGCACCAGUCCUACCUAAACACGAAGGAUCAGCAGCCAAUCAUGCAGGCCAACUACGCUGUGAAGCCCAACGGGCAUAAAGCCAAGGAAAUUCCUUCCAUUCUAGAUGUGGAGAAGCAUGAGCCCAUCAAAAAGUUUAAGGAUAAAAGCAUUAAUUGCACUUCCGUUCAGAUCCUGAGCAUUGACAGGACCACAAGCGUCGGGACGCAAACGGAGCAGCAAGCCCUGGAGCACAAGAAGUGCAAGGAUUUGUGUGGAGCUGGCCAAGGCAAGUACGGAGAGAGGCACUCCCUGAAGCACUCGGAUGAUGACUCUGAAAUUGUGAGCGAUGACAUUAGUGACAUCUUCCGGUUUCUGGAUGACAUGAGCAUCAGCGGGUCCACAGGAGUGAUGCAGUCUUCGUGCUACAACAGCACCGGCUCCUUGUCCCAGGUGCACAAAUCAGACUGUGAGAGCUCACCCGAGCACAACUUGACCAAAAUCUCCAACGGGAAUGCCUGUGGCAAACUGGAGAAAGUGGCCCGGGCAGAGCUCAGCGGCACAGAUGAUGAACUGAAAACGAGCGUCUGCAAAUUGGUUUUGAGGAUUGGCGAGAUAGAGAAGAAGCUGGAAUCUCUCAGUGGUGUCCGGGAAGAAAUCUCACAAGUCCUGGGAAAACUGAGCAAGCUGGACCAAAAGAUCCAGCAGCCAGAGAAGGUCAGUGUGCAGAUAGACCUCAAUUCUCUGACGAGCGAUGCUGCGUCGGACGAGAGCAACUCCCCUCAGAUCUUUCAGUGCCACAACGCUCCCCAUGCAGGCAAACUGGAGAACAAUCCCGAAUGGUGCUGUUCGGAUGCCAGUGGGAGUAACAGCGAGAGCCUUCGAGUAAAAGCCUUAAAAAAAAGUUUGUUUACUAGGAGAUCCUCGAGGUCCUUAACGGAGGAAAACAGCGCCACCGAAUCCAAAAUCGCCAGCAUUUCCAACUCGCCCCGAGACUGGAGAGCUAUCACUUACACCAACCAAGCUGGCAUCACGGAAGAGGAGAUGAAAGAAAGAGAUGGAGGAGAAAAUAAGGACUGGCACAGGAAGUCUAAAGAGGCAGACAGGCAAUACGAAAUCCCACAGCCACAUAGACUCUCUAAGCAACCAAAAGAUGCUUUCUUGAUUGAACAAGUCUUUAGUCCUCAUCCCUACCCUGCAUCCCUCAAGUCACACAUGAAAAGCAACCCUCUCUACACGGACAUGAGGUUGACAGAGCUGGCUGAAGUGAAACGUGCCCAACCGUCCUGGACCAUAGAGGAAUACACAAGGAAUUCGGGGGAUAAAGGCAAGAUUGCAGCACUGGAUCUACAAACUCAAGAAUCUUUAAACCCCAACAACUUAGAAUACUGGAUGGAAGACAUUUAUACUCCUGGCUACGAUUCCUUAUUAAAACGCAAAGAAGCUGAGUUCAGAAGAGCAAAGGUUUGCAAGAUAGCUGCCCUGAUAGCAGCAGCAGCUUGUACAGUGAUCCUGGUGAUUGUGGUGCCCAUUUGUACCAUGAAAUCCUGA